CUGCAAUAUAGUUUCUGAUUGGAUAAUGCUGAAAGUGGAAAGAAGAAUAAUAAGUUAUAAGAAAGUAAAGGUUAUGGAAGAUCACCCCACUAAAUAUAAAAAAUAAGCAUACUUAACGUAUGACAAACUUCCCUCCUUGAGUGAAAGUGGUAGGGGUAACUAUCAGUCAGUCACUACAGUAUAGUGAAUUUGAGAGUGAAUACAGUAUUGUCAGAGUAAGGUUAUGAUGUAACAAGAAGGUUAAACUGUCAGUACACUUAACAUUUUAAAAAUUUCAAAAUGAACUCUCAUUUAUCGGUCAUAUUUUACAAGGCUGUGGAAAUGGGUAUGCAUCGAACAUUGUGUUUGACCCAGCUGCCAAGAAUACAAAGCAUAUUAUAUCCUAUUCAACAUAGGCAUAUUUGUUUAUCACAGUCCCACCAAGGCGCUGCUGCCCCAAAAUCAACUGCAUUAGAUGGCAAUAUUUUUGGGAGAACGUUGAAAAAAAUAAAGUUUUACACUGUAGGAAAAGUGAAGUUGAAAGUCCUUGGAUAUUACCUUUACGAGUGUGUAGCUGAUAAAGUCCCAUACACAUGGUUUUUCAAAGAAAUGUCACUCCCAGAUACGUUCAACUCUUGGUUCCUUGUGACUGAACUCCACAUUUGGAUGUUGAUGGUCAAAGCUAUGGAGCUAGGAGAUGAUGGACGUUUCAUCAGAAAUUUCAUUGUAGAAGCAAUGUGGGCUGAUGUGGCGAUGAAGAGUAAAAAGCUUGGUGCUGAGAAUUACUCUUUGGCUCGAGCCCAGACCAAGAUCCUUGGAGACCAGUUUCAAGCAGCUCUGAUUACAUAUGAUGAGGGACUGCUGUGUAAUGACAAGGUAUUGGCCUCGGCCCUUUGGAGAAGGUUCUUUGAAAAAAACUGCAAUGACCCAAGAAAUCUUGAAACCAUGGUUAAAUACGUCCGAAUGCAGAUUAAAUAUCUGGAUAACAUGACAGAAGAAGAUUUUAGAAAACGUAAUAUAAAGUGGCAGUCUAUAGAAAAGACGUAAAUUUGCUGGUUUGUAUUUGCCAAAUAUUUGUUGUGUACAAUUUGUAUAUUUGUGUAGCAUUAAAUAGAUUUUAUGUAGCAAAUAAAAAUGAGUGUGGUUUA